CAGGGGAAAAGGGACGACAGCGCAUGCGCCACAUCUAUGUUGUUGUUUGUGGCGGUAAGAUGGCGGCGCUCGGAGACACCUCAGCUCCGGGGGUGAACGGGUUAAUACAACAAUUCACAGCUAUAACAGGGGCCACAGAGAGCGUUGGAAAACAUAUGCUGGAAGCAUGCAACAACAACCUGGAGAUGGCAGUGACCAUGUUUCUGGACGGAGGUGGGAUUGCAGAGGAACCCAGCACAAGCUCCAGUUCAGCAGCUUCAAGCAGCAGAGCUCCCCCUGAAGAUGAAGUACGAGCACCCAUUCCCCAGAAGCAGGACAUACUGGUGGAGCCGGAACCACUAUUUGGAGUGCCAAAACGAAGAAGACCAGCACGAUCGAUAUUUGAUGGUUUCCGAGACUUCCAAACAGAAACAAUCCGCCAGGAACAGGAGCUGCGUAACGGUGGCACAGUGGAUAAGAAACUGAGCACCCUGGCAGACCUUUUCCGUCCUCCCAUCGAGCUCAUGCACAAAGGCAGCUUUGAGACGGCUAAAGAUUGUGGACAGAUGGAGAACAAGUGGCUAAUGAUCAACAUUCAAAACGUUCAGGACUUUGCCUGCCAGUGCCUCAAUAGGGAUGUGUGGAGUAACGAUGCAGUGAAGAACAUCAUCAGAGAACACUUCAUAUUCUGGCAGGUAUAUCAUGACAGUGAAGAGGGACAAAGAUACAUCCAGUUCUAUAAGCUGAAUAAGUUUCCAUACAUUUCCAUCCUUGAUCCACGCACAGGUCAAAAGAUGGUGGAAUGGAACCAGCUGGAUGUGGCAUCAUUCCUGGAGCAGGCAACUGGUUUCCUGGCAGAGCACGGCCAACUCGACGGGCCGUCCUGCCACGCUCCCCCUGCCAAACGAGCUCGCUCUGAAAGUCUAAUUGAUGCUAGCGAAGACAGUCAGCUGGAGGCUGCGAUCCGAGCCUCCCUACAGGAGACCCACUAUGAGUCCUCGAACGUCCCCGAGCCCCCCGAUUCUCCCCGAUCAGACGAGGAGUCGGACGCGGAGCCUUUCUCCGACAGCGAGGGGCCCAUCUCUGUCGACGGCUCAGACAGCGAAACGAUAGUACCCCACGAAGAGAAAAGUUCCACCAGCAAACACGUCCCGGCCCCCUCGGCGUCCGCAGCCCAGCAGCGUCUACAUCCCGAUAGUUCCACUUCGUCCCACAGAAAGUCUCCACACAAAGAAAACAACCACAGCUACAAGAAAGAGGAGAGCAAAAAGAACCACCUAGAGCCCUCAGCGGCUGGGCUUCGUCAUCCUCAGCCUGACGCAGACUCUGGAGGGAACCACUGCGCCGCACCGGCCGAAAGUGCAGGAACUUCCAAGAUCAGCACUACCACAGCCUGUGAUGUGGACUGUCCUGAUGACAACGGUCCCAAAGCCAGGUUGAUGCUCCGCUACCCAGAUGGACAAAGGGAGCAAAUUUCAUUGUCUUCUAAAGCAACACUUUUGGCCCUGGUAAGACACGUCCAGUCCAAGGGUUACCCUAACGAACGCUUCGAACUCGUCACCAACUUUCCCAGAAGGAAGCUCGCCCACUUGGACUAUGACAUCACACUGCAGGAGGCAGGGCUAUGUCCACAGGAGACUGUAUUUGUGCAGGAGAGGAACUAGCCUUCCCAGACACGUUCACUUUUUGCUUGUCUGUAUCUCUGGUAGACUUCACCCUUUCACCAAUGAUCUGGGACGAUGUUACUGGCCUUGACCCCAUAACCUUCUGUCCUGGAAGUAGGCCCAGUUUUUUUGCCAAGACAUCUGUAAGUGGAUGGACCACAUUCACCGUCUCUCGGCUAAUCUUAAUACUGACGUCACUACUGACAGCCUAAUCCCUUUGUAGUGCUCUACAAUUGGCCAGCAAGGUCCUACGGAUGCCAGCACUCUUUAAUUCAUUAUUUAUAAUAUAUUCUGUCCUGAUGCAGGUUUCACUUGGUUGUGAACUCUGAGGCACAUUAGGACAGAAUAUACUGUCUAUCACCUAGUCCCUAUUCCAAUAGAAAACCUCCAGUAAUGAUGAUGGGCCACCAGGGACUUGUACAAAAAGACUUUUACCUCCCAGAAAGGACAUUAAAUGUCAGAGUUUAUUUUCUAGCUCUUCUUGUCAUUUUCUGUACCUGCUGCAGGUAAACGGAGGCUCGUCCUUGUUCGUUUUGACCCAAUUUUGAUCUCCCACUCAGUCAAUAUUCAGCCUGUAAUUAUUUGGGACGGCUGUGGUGUCCAAAAAUUACAAGUCGAGAUAAUGUGUCUUUUGAUACAGAAGGGAAUGAAUGAAAGGUGGUGCAUCUCAUCAGUCGGACCUACACUGUACAGAGAUGGCUUAGAGAGACUGGUAUUUAGCUGUAGUCAAUGUUUCCUUCCUUUUUUUAUAUGCUGCCAAGAAAAUAUGCUGAUGUUGAAAUAUAACCACCAAAAACCAA